UGAGUAAAGGAAACAGAGCAUAUAUUCCUCGUAGACCUUCCAGAUAGGCCAGAAGGUUUGGUAGCGACCAAAAGACCGAAUCCAAGAAGCGGCAAAAAUAAUUUUAAUCCGUGGCGGGAAUAACUAAUCGAAUUUAAUCUCUCCCGCGCGAUCCUAUAGUUACAAAGCCCUUGGCUUUUUCUCACUCUGCUGUAUUCCCAUCUUUCGUUUUUCCUUUUCGGUAGAAACUCUGUGUGAGAAGUCGGAGACUUGGAUCGAGAGAGAUGGAGAGCUCGUUGACCCCAGAUGUUAUCUCCACUGUGUUGUCAAACCCGUCUCUUGAUUCGUCCUCGGAUCGACCUGAGAUCGUCGUUCAGGUUGUGGAUCUCAAGCCUACCGGCAAUCGAUACACAUUUAGCGCCAGUGACGGGAAGAUGAAAGUUAAGGCAAUAUUCCCAGCAACCUUGACAUCUGAUAUAAUCUCCGGGAAGAUCCAAAAUCUCGGUCUAAUCCGUCUGCUUGAUUAUACCGUCAAUGAUAUCCCGAGCAAAUCUGAGAAAUAUCUGCUUGUGACAAAAUGUGAAGCCGUUGCUUCAGCUCUUGAAUCAGAGAUUAAAUACAACAUUAAGACAGAAGGCUCAAGUGUUGCCAUAAAGCCGAAACAACUGGCCGAUGCAGGAAAUGAGGUCAAAACAGAAACUUCCACUGGAAUGAUGUUGAAACCAAAGCAAGAAUUUGUUGCCAAAUCAGCCUCUCAGAUUAUCAAUGAACAACGUGGAAAUGCAGCACCGGCUGCAAGAAUGGCCAUGACGAGGAGGGUUCAUCCUCUUGUGUCGUUGAACCCUUACCAAGGAAAUUGGACCAUUAAGGUCCGUGUCACAAACAAAGGAGUCAUGAGAACUUACAGGAACGCUAGAGGAGAGGGGUGUGUCUUUAAUGUGGAGCUAACUGAUGAAGAAGGAACUCAGAUUCAGGCCACCAUGUUCAAUGAAGCUGCAAAGAGGUUUUACGAUAGAUUUGACCUGGGAAAGGUCUAUUAUAUCUCAAGGGGGACACUUAAACUUGCUAACAAGCAGUUCAAGACAGUUCAGAAUGAUUAUGAGAUGACCCUAAAUGAUAAUUCUCAAGUCGAAGAAGCAAGUAAUGAAGAAACGUUUAUACCCGAGACAAAAUUUAAUUUUGUACCCAUUGAUGAGUUGGGUGCAUAUGUUAAUCAGAAGGAACUUGUUGAUGUUAUCGGUGUUGUUCAAAGUGUUUCUCCAACAAUGAGUAUUAGAAGGAAGAAUGACAAUGAGAUGAUUCCCAAGAGGGAUAUAACCGUGGCUGACGAGUCAAAGAAAACUGUUGUCGUGUCCCUUUGGAAUGCUCUGGCAACUGGGAUAGGACAAGAACUUCUAGACAUGGCUGACGAAUCACCUGUAGUUGCGAUUAAGUCCCUAAGAGUUGGGGACUUUCAAGGCGUUUCAUUGUCCACUAUCAGCAGAAGCAAUGUGGUGGUGAAUCCUGAUUUACCGGAAGCUAAGAAGUUGAAAUCUUGGUAUGAUUCUGAAGGUAAGGAAGCAUCCAUGUCUGCCAUUGGCUCAGGAAUGAGCCCUUCUGCCAAAAAUGGAUCAAGAUCUAUGUACUCUGACAGAGUUCAUCUUUCCCAAAUCCUGAGCAACCCAUCUCUAGGGGAGGAGAAGCCUGUGUUUUUCAGCAUUAGAGCUUACACAAGCUUUAUCAAGCCGGACCAGACGAUGUGGUACAGUGCUUGCAAGACCUGCAACAAGAAAGUAACAGAGGCAUUUGGCUCUGGCUACUGGUGUGAAGGUUGUCAGAAAAAUUAUGAAGGAUGCAACUUAAGAUACAUCAUGGUCAUGAAAGCUACUGAUUCAACUGGUGAAGGUUGGUUGUCUACAUUCAAUGAAGAAGCAGAGAAGAUUAUUGGCUGUUCAGCCGAGGAGCUCAACAAACUGAAAUCUGAGGAAGGGGAAGCUAACGAGUUUCAGACAAAACUGAAGGGGGCAACCUGGGCAUCUCAUGUCUUCCGGGUUAGUGUUUCUCAACACGAAUACAACAGCGAGAAGAGGCAGAGGAUAACUGUGAAAAGCGUUGCCCCACUUGAUUUCGCUGCUGAAACAAGACUCUUGCUUGAGGACAUAUCCAAGAACAAGACAUCCCAGUAGCUGUAGCUCUGCCUGUGAGCAAAGCUAGAGAUGAAUUCAUGUCCCUACAUUAGGAAUUGUUUGUCCUGACUAACCCUGGUUGGGCAAUAUAUCUAAAAUACCUCUCCUUCCCUACAACCACUUCUACUCCUACCCUCCAAACAAAAAAUUAAAAAAAAAAAUUGUGUUCACACUACAAAAGACAAAUAUAACCCCAAAUAAAAAUAUAAAGACUCAAUUAUCCUUCA